AUGAAGCUUCCGUUGUCGCUGCUGCUCCUCAGCUACUUGGCUUCUGCAUCGUUGUCGUCCCCCACAAAUCAAGUGAGAUGGUGUGUCAAGUCCGAAAAAGAGUACAGGAAAUGCUUGGACCUGGUUACCAAGGCACCAGUCUUCUCCUGCGUGAGUGAACUCAACUCCUUGGCCUGCAUUGAAGCCAUUAACGAGGGUAAAGCAGAUGCAAUUACAUUAGAUGGAGGAGACAUAUACACAGCUGGACUGGAACACUACAAACUCCAUCCCAUUAUUGCAGAGCAUUAUGGCGACUCAUCAGAAGGCUGCUACUAUGCCGUGGCUGUGGUUAAGAAGGGCUCCGGUUUCGGCAUCAGAGACCUCCGUCACAAGAGAUCCUGUCACACUGGUCUGAGAAAAUCUGCCGGCUGGGACAUUCCAAUUGGAACACUCCUCCAGUUGGGUAUAAUGCAGUGGGGAGGCAUUGAUGACUCGCCUAUUGAGUAUGUGGUGGGUGAGUUCUUCUCUUCGAGCUGUGUCCCUGGAGCGCAAAGAAACUCCUCACUAUGUAGAAACUGCAAGGGAGACUGCUCACGGUCCCACAAUGAACCUUACUAUGACUAUGGCGGUGCUUUCCAAUGCCUGGUAGACAACGCUGGAGAUGUGGCAUUCGUCAAACAUCUUACAGUACCAGAGGAAGAGAAGGCAAAGUAUGAGCUUCUGUGUAAGGACAACACCAGAGCAGCCAUUGACGACUACGAAAAAUGCAACUUGGCCAGGGUACCUGCUGACGCUGUGGUCACCCGCCAAGACAAGGACCUUGCCAAUCUGAUCUGGAACAGCCUCAUGGGAGUGCAGGGCUUCGAGCUGUUCUCCUCUAAAGCCUACGCACCUGAUAAGAAUCUGAUGUUCAAAGACUAUACUAAAAAGUUGGUCCGACUGCCUAAUAACACAGACUCCUUUGUGUAUCUGGGUGCCCAAUACAUGGCCAUCGUGCGUUCUUUGAACAAUGAGUUCACUACAUCCAAAUCAAAAACCAUGACAUGGUGUGCCGUGGGACACGAGGAGACCAAAAAAUGUGACACUUGGAGCCUCUACAGUCUCGCAAAGGAAAAAGAUAAAAUUGCAUGUGAGAGUGCCUCCACUGUGGAAGAGUGUCUUAAGAUGAUCAUGCGCAAAGAGGCAGAUGCAAUGGCAGUGGAUGGAGGAGAGGUGUAUGUCGCCGGGCUGUGCGGUCUGGUUCCAGCCAUGGUGGAGCAAUAUGAUGAAGAAAAGUGCAGUAUACCAGGUGCUUCAGAUUCUUCCUUCUACACUGUCGCGGUGGUCAGGAAGGGUUCCGGGGUGACCUGGGCCAACCUGAGACAGAAGAAGUCCUGCUACCCAGGUUAUGGCAGAAAUGUCGGCUGGAAUAUGCCCAUGGCUAUAAUCCAUAGGGAGACCGGUGACUGUGACUUCACCAAAUUUUUCAGCAGUGGCUGCGCCCCUGGAGCGCCGGCAGGUUCCCCCUUCUGCUCUCAGUGCGUGGGAAAUGGCAAACCUGUGGACAACCCGGCCUGGUGUAAAGCCAGCACAGAGGAGUUUUACUACGGAUACGCCGGAGCCUUCAGAUGUCUUGUUGAUGGUGCUGGGGACGUAGCCUUCAUUAAACACACAACUGUUGAAGAAAACACCAACGGAAAGGGGGCAGAUUGGACUAAAGACAUCCAGAGUAGUGACUACGAGCUGAUUUGCCCCGAACAAAGCGGUUCGGUGCCAAUCACGGAGUUUACAUCUUGCCGCAUGGGGAUCACCCCAGCACACGCUGUGGUGACCCGUCCUGAGACUCGUGAUGAUGUUGUCAGUGUUCUCCUGAAUCAGCAGGGCGUGUUCGGCAGAGAUGUCAGCAAUUCCUUUUUCACAAUGUUCGAAUCCAGGCCUUAUAAGAACCUCCUCUUCCAAGACUCCACCAAAUGUCUCCAGGAAAUACCAAAAGGGACAGACUUUAAGGGCUUCUUGAAAAUCAAUUACAUGGAUACCAUAGCCUCUCUGAGCGAGUGCAACGACAUCAUUCCAGAUCUGGAGAAACUUUGCACAUUCCACACCUGUCAGUAG